GAUUUUUAACGCUCGUCUAAAUUUAACGUAUCUAAAGGAGGCAAACGGGCAUUUAUAGUAGUAAAAGAUUGUUCAGUUAAUAAAAAAAAAUCAUAUUUUUUUGGGGUUUGUUUUGUCGAUUAUUUCGUUUCAUCUCUUAUUCGCCUUUGCUUUUGGUCUGACUGUCUGUCUAUCAUAUAGUAUAAAAUAAAUGGAAAAAGUGUUCCGUGUUGUAUCAUUAAAGCAAAGAUUAACUUUUGGACCGGAGCAGUGAGUGAUUGCGUGUGUGAUAUUUAAUAAAAUUUGAAAAAAAGCUUUAAUAAAAAAUAGUAUUAGUUCAAUUAAAAAUAAAUUACUAUUACUACAACAAUUACUGUUUAACAAAUGUAGAUGUAAAAUUGUGAAUAAAUUUCGAUAUUUUCAUUUUAAUUUCGGUCCAUAUAAAACUUGCUCAUAAAAAAUUCCACUCUACCUUUUGUAUGCACGUAGAGAUUGUGGGAAUAAUCAAUUAAUGAAAGUGAUUUUUACGCAAUUAACAACAAGAAAGAAAAAAACACGAUUAACGAAAACAAAAUAAAAUUGUAAUUAAUACAAAUUAAGCAAAACAAAAAGUUUAAAUUUAUAAACAUUCUAUAUUUAAAAACUUGCAGAUAAUUACCAAGUGGAAAAUAUGACCAACUACGACGAUAAAGAAACAGUUGGAAAAUCUCCUGCGAAUGUAUGAGGAGCAUGAAAAUGACAUGAUUAAUGCUUUAGACGCUGAUUUGCGUCGUCCCAAACAGGAAAGUUUGGUCGUUGAAACAGAGUUUAUGAAAAACGAUAUAAAGCACAUUCUAUACAAUAUAAAUGACUGGGUAAAGCCAGAGUAUCCCGAGAAACCUUUGGUCAAUUUAAUGGAUGAUGUGCAAAUUUAUAAUGAUCCCUAUGGUGUGGUACUUGUGAUUGGCGCCUGGAAUUAUCCCUUGCAAUUGUUGUUGGUUCCUGUAGCAUCUGCCAUUGCAGCUGGUAAUUGUGUUGUUAUAAAACCCAGUGAAAUUGCAGCGAAUUGUGCUAAAUUCGUAGAAGAAACUUUACCAAAAUAUUUGGAUAAUGAAUGCUAUCCAGUCGUUUGUGGUGGUCCCGAAGAAACAACAGAACUUCUUAAGCAACGUUUUGAUUACAUUUUCUAUACUGGUUCCACACGCGUUGGCCAGAUUAUACAUGCUGCCGCCAAUAAAUAUUUGACACCUUGUACUUUGGAAUUGGGCGGCAAAAGUCCCUGUUAUAUUGACAAAUCUGUAGAAUUAACCACAGCCGUUAAACGUAUUUUAUGGGGCAAAUUAAUAAACUGUGGCCAGACAUGUAUUGCCCCCGAUUAUGUUUUGUGUUCCAAAGAAAUUCAAGAACAAUUCAUCAAAGAAGCCAAAAUUAUACUUAAGGAAUGGUACGGUGACAAUAUCAAAGACAGUCCUGAUCUCAGUCGUAUUAUUAAUAAAACUAAUUUCGAUCGUUUAGUGGGUUUAAUGAAACAUGGCAAAAUUGCUAUUGGUGGCAAUCACAAUGCAGCCGAACGUUUUAUUGAACCAACUGUAAUUGUUGAUGUAAAACCAGAAGAUCCCGUUAUGCAGUCAGAAAUUUUCGGACCCAUCUUGCCAAUUAUUAAUGUGGAGAGUGCCUACGAAGCAAUUAAAUUCAUUAAUUCCAGGGAAAAGCCUUUAGUCGUUUAUGUUUUCUCCAAAUCGCAGAAACUCGUACAGGAGUUUGUAGAUAAUACCCAAAGUGGUGGAUUUUGCAGUAAUGACACUAUUAUGCACGUCGGAGUUGAUGUACUACCAUUUGGAGGCGUUGGUUCCAGUGGUAUGGGCUGUUAUCAUGGCAAAUAUGGCUUUGAUACAUUUACCCAUAAAAAAUCCUGCUUGGGUAAAGAUUUAAAACCACUUGGAGAAAAAUUAGCUUCUGGUCGCUAUCCUCCAUACUCGGAACGUAAAGCGAAUAUUUUGAAUUUCUUAUUGCGUAAACGUCGUCCAUUACCCAACAUGUACUUAACGCAUAUAUUUGCCUUUGGUUUAGGCAUUGGAUUAACAUUCCUGGCAAAUCAUUUCAUGCAGGGGAAACUGUUUUCGCGCUAAGCUAAGUACACUCACACACAAACACAAUAUGAACCAAUAACACUGUUUUACAACUCUUGUAAACACGUCUAGGAUGGCAUUAUUGUGCAGUUUCCGUUUUGAUCAGCAUCGCUUACCUCAUCGCUUAUUUACAUACUUACUUAGAAACGCAUAAAGGAAAAUUGAUUGAUUGAACAUUAAACUUCUUCUAUCUACUUACAAUGUAAAACACUACAAAACAUACUAUCAUUUGAACUUUCUAUCUAGUAUUUAGUUUGGAGUAAAAUGUAAUAAUCAUUAAAAAAAAUAAUCAUACUUAUUACAUUUUUUUAUUUAAAGUUUCUUACAUAAAAUGUCAUGGCAUGUUGGGUAAUAUUUAUAUACUACAUACAUAAAAACAUGUAUGUUUGCAGUUAUUACUUUCUUUUAAACAUUAUGUAGUCGAUUUUUUUAUCACAUAUUACAUCAACAAUUGUUAUUUCUUAGUUUGUUUACAUACUUAUAUAUUAAAUAAAUAAUAAAAGUCCGCAAUAAUCUAAAAAGUUUUUUUAAUUUGAAAAAUUACAGUAAAUUAAUAAUAUUCAAAUAAACAUGUAGUAGUAUAUAAAAUAAAGAUAUACAUACAUACCUACCUAUGUACAUAUAUAUUAAUUUCCUAAAAAGCUUUAUAAUUAUAUUCUAACUUUGAUACUCAUGGGUAGUAAAUAUUGAUACAUACAUCAAUGCAUAUUAUUUUUUAUAUUAAUUUUGAAAUAUUUUUGUUUCUGUUUUCAAUUUCUUUUAUUUUUUCAAUUUCAGAGCGAUCAAAACUAAUACAUAUUUUUUCAUGUUAUUUAAUUUUAAAAAUAAAAGUGGUUAAUGGAACUGGUUUUCAAAUCCAAAA